AUGCACCGCGCCGCGGCCCGCCUGCCCCCGGCCCGGCCUGGCCCCUGGCCCCGGCGCGCCCUGUGCGGGGAGGCCCCGGCGCUGCUGCGGGCCUCGGGCCCGGGCGUGGCGCGGCGGCUGCGGGGCCAGGCGGGGGUGCGGCCCGGCUUCCUCAGCGGCCCCGAGGAGGCGGCGCUGGGCCAAGAGCUGGAGCCGCAGCUGCGCCGCCGCCGCUACCAGUUCGACCAUUGGGACGGGGCCAUUCAUGGCUUCAGGGAAACAGAGAUAGCCCAGUGGAGCGAGGCAAGCCGGGAAAUCCUGCAGCGGGUCCGGGAUACGGCCUUUCCGCCAGGGAUGUCGCAGCUCUCGCUAGUCCACGUCCUCGACCUGGAUAAAAGCGGCUACAUCAAACCUCACAUAGACAGUGUGAAGUUUUGCGGCUGCACAAUUGCAGGCCUGUCCUUGCUGUCCUCCUGUGUGAUGCGGCUGGUCAGUGAGCAGAACCCAGAGGACUGGAUGGACCUGUUGCUGCCGCGCCGCUCGCUGUACAUCCUCAGAGGCACGGCUCGCUACGAGUUCACCCACGAGAUCCUCAAAGACGAGGAGUCCUUUUUUGAUGGCCAGAAGAUCCCCCGAGAGAGGAGGAUUUCCGUCAUCUGCAGGAACCUGCCAGCUCCUACGUAGGCCAGGCUAGAGACGCUAGUGGAGCCGUGGGAUUGGAAACAGCCUUCCUCCCCUCUCCGGGCUGGAGCAGAGCUGAAUGUUUUCAUUUUUCACUCCAGCCUGCUCAAAGGGACCUGUCUGUGGGGGUUUGUAGCUAAGACUAAACCAGGGGACUUCUCCCCUCAACAUGCAGCAGUGGAGGAGUCUGCGGAUGUGUGUACCCUCGACAACCAGCCAGGUACCUACUGUGUCAUCAGCCGUGCAAUUCAUGAAUGAUUUAAUGCGCCGUAUUGACUACCCACAGGGCACGGGAAGCUGUAGAGUCCAUGUUAAACCCAACAAGUGAAAUCUAAAAUGGAAACAUCUCUCCUGCGAUCUUUGUUACGGGGCCUGGGGUGACUUUACCAAGAGCAGGUAAAUAGAAUUCAGACAGAAGUAUGCCACUUUUGUUUGUUUUUAAAGGGAACCGCUGGCGAAUUUUGGCGAAUUUCCCUCAGUAAAAAUAAUUUAUUUUAA